CUCACUUGCUUCAGUGCUGGUGGUUUCUGUUGGAGUUUAGUAUUUAAACAAUCGUAUCGCUGUUCUAGUUCUAGCGAUGCAUAACUUCAAUGCGAAACCAUACAACAGUACAAAGGAAAUGAGAAAGCUCUCGUCCAAGCGAGGAAGCUCAACUGGUUGGCUAUCCCACAAACAGAUGGCGCCACCAGCUUUUUCGCUAUUUUUAGAUUGCAUGAGUCGUUUGCCGUCUGCUAAACGAAGUCUUUCUAUAUUCCGUUUAGGUAGAGAACUUGAGUCGUUUAGAAGCCGUUUAGUGGUCGUUUAGUGGAUUUGUGGCACUUGGGAAGUCAUACGCGAUUUUCGCGGUACCGCGACGAUCUCGAUUCGUCUAUUUCCACCCUUAUGAAUUUUGGUUAUCAAAAGUGUUGGUUAUCGAGCGUGCAGAUUAAAAUGGUUCAGAAUACCGUGCUCGAACUGUACGCGGUCGUUUUUCUUCCCCCUACCUAGUGUAUCACGGGGACUGUCUUUACAUUUAGGCGUGAAAUAUUUCAACCAUGUUGACUUUGGCUACUUUGGCACCAUUCAUGGCGUGAAAUUGUCUCAGCAUGUCUGGUUGCACAGGUGUAGUUGAAUGAAAAGGCAUCCUUGGCGAUCCUUCAUCUUGCGGUCUGAUUUUGCGCUUGGGUAGCGAAGGGAAAAGCUACACCUCCCAAUUCUUUCAAGUAAUGAAAUAUACGUGCUAAACAUUUUAACACAUUUUGACAGCUUCGUGUUUUUUUUCUCGAACUGAAGACUUUCCGCAGUAUUUCAAGGUGUAGCGGCCGAUGGCGUUGUGAGCAAGCAUCUUAAGCCAUUUUUCUUACUAUUCCGAAGCCCAACUCGCCUUAACACCGUUUAAAUUAGUGAAAUGGAUACAUCUUUAUCGUACUGCCCGAUGGAUGGGCUUCCAAUUGAGAUUGUAGAGAUGAUAUUCGACCGUCUGGAUCUAGAGUCGCUUAAAUCGCUGUCUCUCACAUGCCAUCGAUGGGAGCGUCUCUUUUUCCAGUACUGUUCGCGCCGGUUUGUGCUGCGCAUCGAUGAAAAGAUAACCCUAGACGUGGACGUGGCUUUUAUGAAUUACGAAGAUCGGCGAAUGGAGAAAUAUUUGCUUUGCGAAGAGAAAAUGAAAGUAGCGGUCAUAAUGCUGGAGCAAACGCAACGUGUCUACCGUACGGUUCAUAUCGACUUCCACCUGGAGCUAGCCACGGUCAUCUACAAGUUAAAAAUUCUGAACAGAUUGUUCAAACCGCACCUGCUACAGCAGCUGACCGUGCUGAAGCUUGACAUGGGCAAUGAUCCGGUGAUGCAUGCUAGCGAUAUAUCGCGUGCGGUGCAAAAGAUGGAAAAUCUCCAAGAGCUGUACAUAGCGUUCAACGUACGAACACCACACACUACGGAAUGCUACACGAUGCACCUGGUAAACCCUACGCUGCAGAAGCUGGUGAUCAAAGGCAUUACGCCGUACGUGGUUGAUUGCGCCAACUUGUGGAAGCUGGAUGUUGCGGAAUCGCUGCACGUGGAGAGCAUCAUCGGUGGAAAGUUGCAGCGAGGUGUAGAUUUUACUGGGCAUGAAUGCUACUGGAAGAUCGACCAGCUGACCGAACUCUCAAUAGUGAAUGAUUUGAAGUUCAACUUGACAACACGCUCCUCCAUCUUGCGAUUCUACCGGCAGCUGUGCAAUGUGACAAGGCUAUAUCUGUACGGGCACACCUUAACGCAGGAGACGCUGCAAGUUAUCUGCGAGUCGUGCGUUCAGCUCGAAGAAUUCACCAUUGGCAACUUGCAGAUGGAUGAUCCAAACGCAUUGCGCUACCUGUCCAACCUGCCCAACCUGAGACAGUUUGGCAUAUGGAAGAUCCUCAACGGUAACCCACUAUCGUUCGCGUCCGUUAAGCUGCCCAAGCUGGAGAAGCUUCUGCUCGGUUGUAUGGCCAUCGAUUGGCCAUCGCUCGCCUCCGUGCGAUCGAUCAGCUGGCUGAAGAUCAAACCGGGACCGGUUAUAGAUGCGCCCAUCUGUCGCGCACUCAGUGGCACUUUUGCCCACCUGCGCUUCCUGUGGAUCGAUGUGCAUACCACCCGCGUAGCGCGAGAACUACUGGCCCAGCUGCCGCAGAUGCAUUGGCUGGAGACGCUCGUGCUGGAGAACAUUGUUCACCUACGCACCCUCAAAACGUUGCCAGCCUUGCCCCAGCUAGAGCGGCUUAUUAUUUAUCGCUGCAGUAAGAAGGUGUACGAGCGGUACUACAACAACGAGGCGCUUGCGAAACUAGUGCGCGACAUUCGGUGGGUUAGAGCGGGUCAGAAAAUUGUGGAAGAGCGUGGAAUUAAAGACAGCUUUGAAUGUUAGUUGGCGGGAUCGCGUCGUCUGGGUUACGGAGGAUACGUGAAAUACUGAGGUUACGCUAGAUAAUUAUUUCUUAAUGACAAAUUAUGUGAAUUUGAAAUAGAAAGAUUUGUUGAACUAUGAUGGUGUUAAAAACACGAAAAAUAUAGCAAUUUUGAAUUUAAUGUUAAUACUUUGACCUACCAUCGUGUCUUGGCGUCCGGUGCCGCUCCGUUUGUGAUUUUGAAGUCUUCAAAUUAAAUCUACCGCGUCUUUGACGUAAUUUGCUAUUCAUUUUCAGUUGAGCCUCUGGCUUUCCAGAAUAGUUUUCCAGAUCUUUGGGUAGAAAUUCGG